AUGUCGGCCGGCACACGCCCAUCGGUUCUCGAUCAUAACCUACUUGAACAGCUCAUUGCGCCCUCCCCGAUUCCCUUCAACCGCCAUUUCAAGGUCUCUUUGACGACGCUCCGUCAACACCGACGUCUCCGCUUCUUUUUUGCGCUUUCCAUGCUCCCAGUGCUGCUUUUUCUCGUCGGCGCGGCCGCGGCUCGUACUUCGACUUUUUCCGAUGGCUCUGACGGCGACAAAAUAGUUUUAACUGCACAUGGCAUGGGUGUCGACGACGCGAGUCGUGUCGUCAUUCCAGGUUCUUUUUUCUUUUAUCAAAAUCGCGAAAACGCAUCUGUAAAAUAUUUCAAAUUAUACCAGAUUCUCUAAAAACUACAGCCGUGAUGUUGAGGUUUUCUAGGUGUGUUUGAUCAUGAUUUCUUGGAAUUCUAACGGCUCUUCUGAACUUUUCCCUUACUUUAUGAAGGCCUACCGAAGUCUUCUGAAAGCUGGCCGAUUGGGAGACAUGGUAUAGCGGCGAAGUAAUUGUUAGUCUCGGCGCUCGACAUUUCGGGUGACAUCUCUUUUUUUUUUUUACCAGAGCGACCAUUACUUUCGAAUUAGGUCAAGAAAAACCAGUUGACGAUUUCAUCGACGAUUUGGACAUACCGCCUCACAUACCUAUUUUUUGGAAACAUUGCCUUGAGCAAACAAAAUCAUAUGAAACAUUUUCGCGAUAAGUAUGAAGCUAAGGAGAAGGGUGAGUUUUCUGAAAAAAAUUUAUGAAAAAGCCAAUCUUGCUGUGAUUUUGAUGAAACAAUUUUUUUGCUUGUUAUUAUUCUGGAAUGCAUUAAAAAGUGCUAAAAGCUUUUUGCUUUAAACUCAUGAUUUAUGCUGCGCCCAAGUGAUUCCGGCCAUUUAUUUUCAUUUUCAUUUUCAAAAUUGACGGUUUUUUUCUUUUAAAAUGAUUUCGCGAAAUAUGCAAUAGUGGAAUUUCGAGAGCCAUGGAAAAAGGUUCCUCGAAGACUACUGUACGUGAAAGUCCGCAUUUGGCGUGUUUUCACAUUCAGAAUGGUCCCCUCCGCGCACAUCAGUUCAGCCUUUUCGGUUUGGCACACUGUAGGUUGAAAUUGUGCAUACAACGAUAGCGGUUUUUGGGCAAUCACCCAACAUAAUUGCCGAUAUCGCAGCGGGCCGCACGCGAUAUAGCCAAGGCUUCUCGCUGCGAUCUCGUCAACAUGUCGCUGCGACCUCGUUCAAAGUCUCGCUGCCAUAUCGCUCCCACUCAAAAAGUUGAAAUUUGAAAAACAUUUUUUUUGCUUUAUUUUUGACUUUUAUGAUGAAAUCAAUCAAACUCAAGAAAAAAAAACAUUUUUGAAGAAACAUUUUUCAGAGAGCGAUAUAGCGCAAGACGUUUGCGAGGUCGCAGCGAGAGGCGAGCGAUAUCGCUCGCGGCUCCCCCGCGGUAUAGCGUUACUCUCGCUGCGAUAUAGUCCACAAUUUUGGGUGAUAUCUUCACUAGUUUUUUUGUACGAAAAAAAUGAACAAAUUUGAAGAAAUACACAAUUAGAACAUUCAAUGAUUUUUUAAAGUUUUUUCAAACGCUAGCAAGCCCUAAAAAUGGCCUUAUCUGGGAAAUGCGUCCUAAGUAAGUUAAAAUAAUUGUUUUUUCUUUUUUUUUCAUCUAUUAAUGUCGGAAAAAAUUUUUCAUUCUAAUUAAUAGAAAAACCCGUUUCAGUGAAAAUUCCCUGCUGAAAUAUCUGUUACAGUAGGUUAAAAACGUUAACACGGAAUUGCGAAAAAAAAUUCAAAAUUUACAAAAUUGAUAAUGAUUAGUUCAGGGCUUACGUACUUGACCUAGUUGGCAAAGACCACGUAAAUUAAUGGCUCAUUUCUAUCGUUUGGCUAAAUGGCUUAGCUUGACCGCCAAGCCAAGGGCUGCCUUCCCAAUCCUCCACCUCUGGAAAAAAUGAUCGAAAAUGGUCAAGUAUGCCCAGCGGAGACGGCGCAGUGGAAACCGGACGGGCCUCUGUGUGUAUGAGCUGGUGUGCCACAGCUUCUUAUUUUUUUGCAGAAUUUUCAAAUCCUUUUGUAAAGAUUUUUUUCAUUGAAAUUGCAACUUUUCGGACUCUAACCGAGUUUCAGUUCAUGAUGGUCGGAUUCCUGCUUUGCCAUGCGUGAUGCUCAACGCCGGCACUCACGAGCACGGCAGCACUUUCACAAAAAAUAACUUCCACUAUUCUUGUCGCAACGGCACCGCCGAAGUCAUUGGUAGGUUUUCUGUUGUUUCAGUAGUCCACCAAAUGUUGCAGCUUGCGUUGCUGACGACGGCUCCGUUGUGCAACUCGGCAGGACGUUCGUCAGAGCAGGGCUGCGUCACAAGUGUUCAGUUCAGGGUGAACAAGUCAUGUAUGAGCAAGGUUUCACGAGUUUACAUUUUAUGAAAAGAUCAAAAUUAUAAAUAAUGGGCAUUUGCACAAUAAUGGGAAGACAAAAAGUUUCUCUCUUAAAAAAAUAAGAGAAGAAUAGGUUAUUCCACAGAACUGAGAGAAAAAGUCAAUAAAAUACCAUUUCAAAUAUUGAUAAAAAAAAUAUGAAAAUCUUAAAUUGGUCUAUGAAGAACCUUUAAGUACCCUCAACCUUCAGUUAUUUCUAAAAAGAACAAUCUAUGCUUCUUUCAGAAGCCAUGUGCUACGAGAACGGCAUGCAUUACAACGUCGGCGACUCCUUCCGCAACGGCUCUUUCAAGUUGACGUGUCGGCAGAACGGGGUCGUCGUAGAUGGCAAGACUCUCCCCUGUUUCUUUUUAUACGACUCCGGUUCAGGAUGCUACAUGCACGACGGCGCAGGAGUCCUGCAAGCCGGCGAGUCGCGGAUCGAAGACGGAAAAAGACACGAGUGCGAGAUCCUCGGACCCGGAAAAGUGCGCUACGUCGUUAAAAGUCAGUUUUUUCAGAUUUUUUCGAAACACUUUUCCGUGUAUUAUCUAACUUGAAACAUUGGAAGUGCUGAAGGAACCUUGAAUCACAGUUAAAUAUUUUUGAAUGAUCAUAUUGCGUAGACUUCACAGUAAAGAACUCUAUAAAUGGAGAUUAAAAAAACCCCUUUUUUUCAAUGAAGCGAGAGCGAGUUCAAAAAAUUUCGUUUUCGAAAAAAAAAACGUUUCGUAUUGGGAACAUUUUAAAAAAAAGAGCUCUUCGCAUUAUUUUCGGAUUGAAAGUUAUAUAAUUUAUAGAUUCUAGAGUCGAACUUUUGCUGUUGCUUAGUCUUUUUGAAAUAUUUGCUGGGAUGUUUAGAGGCGCAAAUUUCUUGCAUAACCCGUAAAAAGCAUUGAAAAACGAACUCGAUUUUUUUUAAAUACCUGAAAAACUUUAUAGAUCAUAGAAAUAAUCGAAAAUGAAAGUUCCAAGACCUACACUUAUAGUCUCUAAUUAAUGAAUCAACCAAUAUUGCUGUCCUGUAGAUCGACAGCUUCUCUAGGCUUCGAACCGGUAACUCUGAUCGUACAAAUUUCCUUGAUAAAACUUUUCUUUUGAAGCUAUCAUGAGUUUGCUGAUCGAAUACGAACUUCCUCGUUAAGAGCUCGCGCUUUCGAGAAAUGAUCCAAGAUCGUUUUUCGCGAUAAGCGUCUUAUCAACCUAAUAGAUGUAAUUUCGGGAAUUUUUUAUUGGUUCGCCUGCCCUGCUUGCACUUUACUGAGACUUUCAAAAAGAGAAAUAUACAGUCGAAGCCGAGUUUGUAGAAAACCCAAAUCAUUUCACCAGAUGAUAAAUUUGACAAGCGCGAGCAGGCUUAACAAACGUAUCAGCGAUUGAUUAUCUGUGUUACCGUAUCAACGCAUCAGCGCCAAAGAGGAACUUUCAAUUUCGCUGACGAAAAGUCUUUAUCAAUUUUUGGUUGCGUAAUUAAUCGCGACCGCGAAUAAUGACCACAUUUAAAUUCGAAACUCUGCUCAGUGAUAUUUUUUGUUGAAAGCUAGCAUAAAUUAUCUGAUAGCUUGUUAAUUUUGAAAAACCGCGCAAUUUAUUUUUUUUUAACUUCAAGUAAUCAGCAACGUUUCUCAUUCAGUUGAAGGGAAAAAACAGAGAGAAGUACUCGUUGAUAAUCUUAAUAAAUACCAACGAAAAAGGCUAAACAUCUCUCAUAAAAACUUCAGUCUUACGAGUAAGAAAAAUCUUGCCAUAUGGGAUCUGUUGAUAAUCUAAAAACUACAGAACCUACUCAACUUUUAUUGCCAGCUUGAUCCCUCGAUGUUAUUAAGAUUCACAGAACGGGGCUGAUGUUAAUUUACAAGCCAAAGAUUGUUCGAAUUCAAGGUUCUAAGAGAUUUCAGUGAUGGGGUGUUUACACGAGGGAUCUCAGUACAACGUCGGGCAGAUCUGGACUCACCAACACGUCCGCUACCAGUGCAAAAACGACGGCUCUAUCAACGUCCUCGGUUGGUUAUUUUCUUUGAAAAACGCUGUAGGAUGUGAUGUGAAAUAAUUUCCAAGCGUGCAUUUUCGAGGUUGAUUAUCAUUCUAGAGAAGUUUCUAGUUUCGGGGUUCUGUAGAGAAACCUUGGGCCAUAGAUUAGAGUCUUGUGACGGUGUCUUGUCGCGUUCUCAACCGGUUGACCGGUGCAUUCCGACGCCGUCACGCGGUUUUGCCAGCUGGCGGCUGUGGCUCGGCACGCUGCCAGUUAGCAAUCGUCACCUUUUUGCACUUUUCUUUUUCCCAAAGAACGAUCAUUAAAUUUAUUUGGUUUUCCGUGGUCAAAAGUAAGUGAUUAGAAACGGUCCUCCUAAACAACUUUUCUCUAGAACUUUUUGACUUGAGGCUGCAUCGACGAAGGGAUGUUCGUGGAGAUCGGCAGAGACCUGCUGAUGAACGGCCUCGCCUACCGCUGCUACCAAGUUGGCAACACAACUUUCUUUCACAAGUGAGCCGAUACGUACAAAGUCCCUGCAUGGCUCCAUGCGUGAGCUCAAUCUCGGGAACUGAGCUUCAAUAUCUACAGACACCUGUAUCGUCCAAGAAUUUAAUCAGAUUCAAACGAUGAGGAAACACGGCUAAACUAAAGAAAAAGAGAUGUCAAUACAAUUAUAUUGAGUUUGACUCAUUAAAAAAAAAUGAAUCUUUGCUUUGCUUCUCUCACCACAGAAUCAUUGGAAAAAUACCAAAUGCUCCGACUCAAGUUUUCAGUUUUCUAAAAAAAAAAUUUUUCUUUUCUCUUGUUGGUUGAGAUUCCAUAGCGCUUUUUUUUCCGUUCCGGCUCUUGUAAUCGAUUCUUCAAGAGAUUUCUUUCGAGAUCUCGUGGGAAUGCUUCAGAAGAGCUUCCGUGCGAGAAAUGAGUCUGCUCACUACAAAAUCCGCCUUUUGCAGUGGGAAGCAAUAAUUGUGGGAACAUUCAGAUGGUUUUUUCUCUUCUUCAUUUUGUAGUCGUGGAAAAUUAUCAUGGAGGUUCUCUCAGUACAUUAAUUAAGCCUCAGAAACCACUGAGAUUUUUCUUGGUUACGGUAUUUCUUUAUUGAAAGCUUUUUUCCAGCCUGAAAGCUGUAUAUUACCUUUCUCAAGCUAUACAAAACUCUUGUUGCUCGAUUCUCAUCAGAUCAAAGGGAAGUUCUAAUAAACUUUACAAACAGUAAAAAAAGAAGAAAACAUAUUAAAAUAUCGUUUAAACGGGAAAAAUUGUUAGAACAGUUGUUUUCAUCUCACUAAAUCAUCAGUGAUGUUUGCAUUUAAUAUUUCGUUUUAAUUCCUUUCUCUAAUUUUUUUGAUAGUUUUGCAUCUUUUUUUCAGAUUCGCUUGUGAUGGACCUUCUUUGAGCCACUGCAUAGCCAAUUCGUUGCGAAAGAAACGAAGAGUUGCUUGA